AUGCAGCCCUGGACCCUCCUCAUGGCUGCCCUCCUGGCUUCUGUCUGAGCUGUGGAGGCACAGGAUGCCUCCCUUUUGGGCUUCAUGCAUGGCUACGUGCAGCAAGCCAGCAAAAGAGCCCAGGACGCACUGACCAGUGUACAGGAGUCCCAAGUGGCCCAGCAGGCCAGGGGAUGGAUGACAGAUGGCUUCAGGUCCCCGAAAGAUGAUGGGAGUACACUUAUGGGCACGUUCUCCAGCUUCUGGGAUUCAACCCCCGAGGCCGCACCAGCAGCCUCAGACCUCAAGACCCUGAGUCUGUGUGUCCAUCCAUCCUACCAGCUCCUAAAGUUCACACGAGAGGGACAGCAUUCUGUGUCCUCCCAUCCCACCCCCAGACCUGGCCCACACCCAGGCAUGCUGUCCUCCCAAUAA